AUGGCUACGGAUAAGUUGGUGAUGGCGGUCAUAAGGGCGGCAAGGCCCGCCUUUCUAAACGACCACGACAAAGCAGCAUUUGUCGUUCACGCCACCUUCCUCUCUUUCGGCUACCUUCUCACCGCCACCAGCCCCCAAGCCCUCUUCGACGACGCCCUCUCACAUCCCUCCACUGAGGAGGUGUCUGUAGAGAACUGGAACCAACUUGACCAAGAAUAUGUCUUUGUUUAUGUCAAUCCAAAAAAGGUUUUAAUUAAAGUGCUGGUAAAGUGCCUCGUCAUGAAUGAAAAGUUACUCAUUGAUGCCUUGAAGGAAUGGUCCUUUGACCCUGCACACCUUGAGAUUUGUGUUAGGGAUUAUAUUAUAGCAAAUGAAAGGAGCAAUUAUUCUGAGCAGCUCAAGAAUUUGGAACAGCUGGUGAGAAGACUAAAUCAGGAUAUCUUAGCCAAAUUAGCCAAUUGUUUUUUUGGGCAACCUAGGAACGGUCUUCCUGGAUUAGAAUCCGUCCCUGACCACUGCAGCACUGGUCUUGACCCGCAGCUACACCAUUCUGGGAAACGCGAUUAUCUAUUUCUAUUCAUUCUCCUUAUGAUGCUUCUAAAUGAUCGUGGGUUGUUCAAGCUCCCAGUUGCAUUGCUCGCGCUUGCCAUAACAGUCGGGUUUCAAAGAUGGGGAAGACAAGAACAGAGAACCGAAGAGAAGAGAAGAGAAGACAGAGCACUAUGGGAUUCAAACUUGGGGAUUAUGGUUUUAACUUUAUUUGAGGGACCAAAUUGA